UUGUCAAAUCGUCCCUCAUCUCGAUCCAAUCACAAGCGCACACACACACGACACGACUGUGCCAAAUAUCAUGAAGCUCGCCUAAUACGACACAUAGAAGCAAAAUUCUUGGUAUCGAGAUCGCAGCAUCAGAACUAGCAUCAACAAAUACGACAAAUAAAUAGGACCACUGGCCAGGCGACCUGACACACACCCAUGUAACCUGCAGCUCAAGUCAGUCGAAACGAUGAGGACAGCCGGUAUCACUUUAAUAAGCGUUGCGCUAACCUGCGCCGUCAUCGGCAAUGCCUAUUACCAGAAGAAACAGUUCUACCCGUCCGUCGUCUACAUAACCAAGUCCAACCCCAGUAUGGCCGUAAUAUACGUCCAGGGGUUGAUACUGGUUUUUAUAAUGAAUACGUUCCUGCGUAAGAUAUUCUUUGGUAAUCUCCGAGCCGCUGAACUUGAGCAUCUGGUUGAGCGGGCCUGGUACGCAGUGACGGAGACCUGUCUUGCUUUCACGGUAUUCAGGGACGACUUCAGCCCCAAGUUCAUAGCUCUUUUUACGUUGCUGCUGUUUCUCAAAUCAUUUCACUGGCUCGCCGAGGAUCGAGUCGAUUUUAUGGAAAGAAGUCCCGUGAUAACCUGGUUGUUCCAUGUGAGGGUCUUGAGCCUCUUGACUCUUUUAUUCACGAUAAAUGGAACAAUGAUUGAGUAUGCCUAUAUGUCGACCCUCACCAAAGGCGCAUCUGUGCAGCUCGUCUUUGGCUUUGAAUACGCCAUACUCCUUACUGUCGUUCUCAACAUCACGAUCAAGUAUGUGCUCCACACGGUCGAUCUUCAGAGUGAAAAUCCCUGGGAUAACAAGGCAGUUUUUCUGCUCUACACGGAACUGAUUAUUGGGCUAUUGAAGGUGAUCUUGUAUGUUGCGUUUGUCACCAUAAUGGUCAGGAUAUACACACUACCGUUAUUUGCCUUCCGCCCGAUGUACUACACAAUGCGCAAUUUCAAGAAAGCAUUCCACGACGUGGUGAUGUCGAGAAGAGCAAUCAGGAACAUGAACACGUUGUAUCCAGACGCGACUCCGGAGGAAUUAGCAGCCGCGGACAAUGUCUGCAUUAUUUGCAGGGAAGAGAUGUUUACUGCUAGUAAAAAACUUCCCUGCAACCACAUAUUCCACACCGCCUGCCUCCGAUCUUGGUUUCAACGUCAGCAGACCUGUCCAACAUGCAGAUUGAACAUCUUGCGACCCACACCAGCCAAUAAUGGCCCGAGGGCCCAGAAUCAGGCUCCUGCGCCGGGUCAACAAGCCCCGCAAGCAGCCCAGGCACAAGGCGUUAAUCAGCAAGUUGAUCAGCCAUUUCAAAUGCCAGCUGGCUUCUGGAUGGGUCUUCAAGCACAGCAAGGAGCUGGCGCGCAGAUCCAGGGCCAGAAUAACGCCCCCAACAUCGGUUUGCCUCCGUUCCAAUCUGUGCCUCCAGGCAGCUUGCCACUUUUCGUGCCACCUUUUCCUCCGAUGGUUCACCUGCCUCCUGUUCCUGCUCCUCCUCCUAAUCUGACCACACUCACCGACGAAGAGCUCAGGGCAAUGGAGGGUAAUAUGCGCCAGGCAGUUGAGGCCAGAAUUCAAACACUUCAGCGAGUUCAGCUUUUGCUUGACGCUGCCAAUGCCAUGAUGAGCCAGUACCAAACUGCUGCUGCUACUGCCAACAUUCCAGGGCCGAACGUGGGGUCGGCGGCUGAAACGGCGGAGAAGGAAAAGAAGGAAGAGAAGGCGAAUCACAGCGAGGAUGCGGGGCCGAGUAUGAGCGAGCAGGGCAAAUUUGCCGGUGAACCUUUACCCGGUAGCAGUGGUGUGUCGAACGAGAGUAUUGUGCAAACGGAUACGAAGACAAUGAACGCAACAACGUCAAACGAGAAUCACGCGACUCCGUCCACGUCGAGAACAAGAACAGAACCAACUGACGAGAAGGAGAUGUUGAGGAGAAGGCGGUUGCAAAAAUUUAUAGCACAAACAACGACGACGACGGAUUGAAAAAAGAAAACAAUUAAUUUAACGCGUGUUUCUCUUUAGCGUAAAACAGACGGGUCGUAUACAAUAUUAUUGUAUGUAAACGAAAAUACCUAAUAUGGCCGGAUCAAACGAAAACGCGGUGUAUUAAUUACUCGGCAUAAUGCCGUUUGGACAAACGAAUGCUAGGACUUGUGUACUGAUUCUGGGGAAAAAAAAAACGAAAGAAGCAAAGAAUUUGUUUUGAAAAAGGACGCUGAUCACGAAAUCAAUGAUUGCUGUAUAAAAGAAAUGAAAAAAGAAUAGUAAUGAGAUUUUUUCGAUGAAUAUUAUUUUCAUUUCUCGAGAGUUUGGAAUAUGUUAUAUACCUAUGUGUAAUAUAAAUAUACAAGUAAUGUGUAUAUCGUACAAAAGUUUUACUAGUUUCUCCGAGUUGAUAUAAGAAUUCCAAGUAAUCAUUUUUAACGAUAAAUUAUCAAACGGACUGCUUAACUAUUUCGGGAAUGAACAAGAAAAACUGUGUCUGUAGGUGAUAAGUCAACAUACAAAAGAUUCGAUUAUUUCACAUUUUACUUCCCUAUAUUUUUUUACCAUCUGGCACCGGUAUCACUACCACUGCAGUAAAUAUACAAAGAAAAUAUACCGUCACGGGAGUCUGUCCAAAUUUCUAUUUAUUAUAUUUCAAAUUGAAAAAGAAUAAAAACGGGAGUAAACAACUACCGUACAUUUUUUUUUUUUUUUUUCGAAUUGCUACAAUCAGUUCAAAUUUUUCGGGACUUCGCAGUAGGUGUUAGUAAAUAUUUUAUCAAAUUUGCGAUGCUCAAGAAUCCCGGCCGAUUGUCAUAGUAAGAUUUCGUUUACAAUAGGUCUACUGUAUGUUGACCGUUGCCAUAAUUCCUUCGAGCAUUACCUGUGUAAAUAGCUGAUUGUUUUUUCUCUCGUCAUAUUGAUUUUUUUGUUUUUUGCUUUCCGAAUCGCUAGAUCACCAACGAAUUUUAUCGACGGGUGUACACUUCUUGCAUAAUUCUUCAAUAUCCCUAUCCCUCUUUCGAUGGCAAAAGUAUAAAUUCAUAUUUACAGCUGAAUCAUUUGAUACUUCAUUUAUCUUGUAUAUUCAUCAUAAUUGCAAUUAUUAUCGUGAUUAUUGAUAAACCAAAUAUUAGUCAACUUAUUCUACAGAUACAAAAGUACCACCUGACGUCUGUACUAUUGUUUGUAUAUUUUUAAUAUUAAUAAAACUAUCUGUAAUUAUGUUAUUAUAAUUUGUUCGAAAACAGGUGGCUAGAAAUAGUUUUUUCUUUUCGUUUUCUCAAUUUUUUCUCAUCAGAUAAAAUGUUUCAGGUUCAGGCACCAGUCGUAUUUCAAUUAUUCGCAUUAGACAUCAGCGUACCCGAAUCGACACAAUUCGUUGGGAAUUGAAUUACUGUUAACAGUGGGGGUUUUUAUGGGACAAGGUUGUGACACCAAUGCGGUGGCAAAGUGAGAAUUCACUGUAUCGAUGUGUAAAAAAGAAAAUAAAAACUUGUAUGAUAGA